AUGGAGAAGGCAGGGCAAUGGAUAGUGUUUCCAACAACCGAACGAGAUUUAAACGAAGCAAAGACAAGUUGGGUGGCAAAAUACAGGAUUCCCACCGUAAUUGGCGCACUUGAUUGUACCCAUAUACAAAUUAAGAAACCUGAAGUGCAGUUUGGCGAUGAGUACAUAAAUGGGAAAAAUGUUGCUUCAUUAAAUGUUCAGAUGACAUGUGAUGCAAUGGAAAGGAUCACAAGUAUAGACGUGCAAUGGCCUGGAAGUGUGCACGAUAGUAGGAUUUGGAGACAAAGUGCUGUGCAACAAAAACUUGCAAGAUUCCAAUGGAAUGCUUGCUUGCUAGGGGACAGCGGAUAUGGUAUAUCUCCAUCGCUUUUAACACCAUUUAGACAACCACAAACUGAAUCAGAACGGCGGUACAACAGAUUACAUUCAAAAGAAAGAGUUGUAGUAGCACGUGUAUUUGGCCAACUAAAACAGCGCUUUCCAAUUCUAGCAAAUAGGAUUAGACUCCCAAUAAGGAAAGUACCGAAAAUAAUCAUAUGUUGUGCUAUACUUCAUAAUAUUGCUAAGUAUUUGCAGGAUGAGUGGGACUAUGGAAUAGAAAAUAAUAACGACGAUCAUGAUGCUGUCCCAGAAAUUGUUGAGCAAGAGCAAGGAGACAUCCUAAUUGUUAGUAAUCUUGAGCUUUCUUGUGUCCGACUUAAAAUAACUUAG